GUGUACCGACUUAAAAAUAAAGUUUGCACAAAAAAACACAGUUUCUGAGCAGACAGCGUAACAAAACAGUACUUAUUUUGUAGAUUUUUUCUUCUCGUCAUGUCGAAUGAAAGCAAAGCCAAAUACAGAGCGCUGAAAAGAAAGCUUCGAUUUCUAAUUUAUGAGCAAGAAUGUUUUCAAGAGGAGCUAAGACGUGCUCAGCGCAAAUUACUGAAGAUUUCCCGAGACAAGAGUUUCCUUUUGGACAGACUCUUGCAGUAUGAGAGGGUGGAAGGUUCCAGCUCAGCCUCAGAGUCUACCGCAUCGUCCGAUAGUGAGAAAGAAACCAAGAAGAGUUCAGACGCCAAGAAGCAGAAGAAGAAAGCGAAACCAAUCAAAGUCAAAGCCAAGAAGAGGAAACAACGGCAGUUAAAAUCACUCCUAGGUGGAGAGAAGAAACCACUACCCGGCAAUCUGAAUUACAGUUCAUCUCAGCAGCAACUUUCAAAUAAUUCUAAGCUGAUGGAUUUAAUGAAGGUUGGAUCUCCCAAUUUGCAGAUUCCUCAAAGUCCACUGACAAGUCUAGGUCUACCAGUGCAAUCAGGGAACUCGUUAUUCCCAGGAGUAAGUCUACCAGGAUUCUCACCCCCGACCCUGAAUCCACAGCAGCAAUCCUCCAAGUUAUCCAGUCUCUUAGCGACAGAGUCUAGCGCCAUGGGAGCCCUGAUGAGGGCGGGCUUGGCUGCGGCCGCCGCGGGGGAGAAGGCGGAGAAACAAAGCAAGAAAAGACACAAGAAAGAGGCCGACAAACUGCCUUCGCAAUUCCACCCAUCGAUGUACCCCUCUCCUAGCGCCCCGUCCUCUUCAUCAAGCCAACCUCACAUUAAACCAUCUACAUCAGCUGAGAAAUCAUCCUCGCCGAUCACUACGCCAACUGACAUAAACCUCAUGGGGCUGGCUAAAGCGCCCUCAAUGAAGACACCUCACGGGAGUCACCGACAGAGGACGGGAGAGGAGGAAGAGGGGGAGGAGCUUGUGAUCGACAUUCCAAAUGAUUGACAGGUUACUGAUAAAUGGGACCGAUGAAGGAUAUUAUCACCGAAAAAUACCCCAUUGGGGAUAUAUUAACACCUUGAUCGAGAGACAUUGUUCCCCCAAUAGGGAAUGCUUUUACUACCUUCUGGUGUGGUUAGGCUAACAGGGUAUUUUUCACCUUAAUAUCCCGAUCGGGGUACAUGAUUACCCUGAUUAAACUCCUUUCUCACCAUGAGGAUAUAAGUGGUUCCCAAUGAGGAAAGUACUCGAGUUUUACAAAAUCUGUAGUGAAAAGGCUCAACUACCUAUCCCAAUUGGUGCUCUUUCUGCUACGAGGUCCAGGAUGUAUUUUGACCCAAAUGAAGAAAUACUUGUCACAACAAUAAUUGGCAUUUACAGACCUACAUGUAUGCUACGCUCUAAAAUCGUUGUGGGGCAUCUACUGUAUCGAUAUUCAACAGCAGAAAAUGUAUUCAAAUGAUUUGUAUUGGUUAAUAUAUUUAAUUCCACUAUCUCAGUUACUUUCAAGGAAAAGCUGGCAUUGAACAAAUAUCUAGUAAGGUUUUACACUUUGCAAGAUAGGAGCGAAAUAUUGAAUGAAACAUUUGCAGUAACACUGCUUGAUAAAAUCUCUCUCAUUGGCUGGCGGUUCUGAAAAGAACAUGCCCCAAAUUCAUUAUAUAAAAAAACUUGCUUAGCAAAAACAGUUGACUAAAGUGAUUUGUAUUGAUUGUGACUGGUUCCCUGACAAAUUUUGCUUAGCAGAAAUCAAUUUUACUUGAUGGGCCCAUGUGGUGGAAGUGUAACAACUUAAUGUUCAAUCACCAGCUCUGAGCAUCUUCUGAAAUAGUGUCCAACUUCAUUAAGCCAGUAAGUAGAAUAUGGUGCUAAGCAAAGUUUUCUGCUAAGCAAAAAUUAGCAUGGAACCAGUCACAAACACAUACUACAUACUACAUGGUACUCCGUCUGGUAAACUAUUUGUGAUAAGCAGUAUUUUUGCAAAUUUAUAGCUUCUUAUUCAGAACGGACACAGCUCAAAAGAGAGGUUUUACCACAUGGUUACACAGCAAGCAUUAGUUUUUAAGAUUGAAUAUCUUGUUUUAGAUUAGUUUUCUUUCAUUGGUUUAAAUGGAAGAAUAUGAUGCAAUUUGAUUAAAGAGGGGUUCCAAAAUCAAGUUCAGAAACUUGUACUUUUUUCCCAACUUUCAUGAGGAUGUAACUAUUGAAAAAUAAAUGCAUCACAAAAGAAAAUUUGACCUUAGAGCCCCUCUUAAAUGCAACAAGCCUUUCUGAUAAAAUAUAACUUGCUAUACGCCUCUCUUAAUAUUCGUGCAUGGCGGCACAAUUCUAACCCAAAAUGAGGCCAUAGGCGCACAUAACGCAACCACUAGUACUUAGUUAGAAUUAUGACGUCAUGCAUGAAUAUUAAGAGAGGCGUAUUGCAAUGGAAACUCCUCUGUACUAUUUUUUUUAAUCAAUAAAAUAAACAUCAACAAACCAAACGAGUUGUGGAAUUAAUUUCAAAGUCUAAAAAUAAAACAUAAAUUUCUUUGGGAAAACACUUGACGUAGGAAGGAAAAUGUUUGAUUGUGUUUUGAGAAAA